AAUUGUGCUCCUGCCGUAGCUGUUCACCAUGAUGUGAAGCAGACAUGAUGACCCUCACCAGAACCAAACCCAAGCAGGUGCUAUGCCCUGGAACCUCCCAAACUGAUACUAGGAUCUUCAAUGGCAGGAGAAACAGUGAUUAGAAGACCGAGAUGAAUUUUAACACUAUUCUAGAAGAGAUUCUUAUUAAAAGGUCACAGCAGAAAAAGAAGACAUCACCCUUAAACUACAAAGAGAGACUUUUUGUGCUUACAAAGUCCAUGUUAACCUACUAUGAGGGUCGAGCAGAGAAAAAAUACAGAAAGGGGUUUAUUGAUGUUUCCCGAAUCAAGUGUGUGGAAGUAGUGAAGAAUGAUGAUGCCGUCAUUCCCUGUCAAAAUAAAUAUCCAUUUCAGGUUGUUCAUGAUGCUAACACACUUUACAUUUUCGCACCUAGCGCACAAAGCAGGGACCGCUGGGUGAAGAAAUUAAAAGAAGAAAUAAAGAGCAACAAUAAUAUUAUGAUUAAAUAUCACCCUAAAUUCUGGGCAGAUGGAAGUUAUCAGUGUUGCAGACAAACAGAAAAACUAGCACCUGGAUGUGAAAAAUACAAUCUUUUUGAGAGUAGUAGUAUAAAAAAGGCACUACCCCCAGCACCAGAAACAAAGAAGCGAAGGCCUCCCCCACCAGUUCCUCCUGAAGAAGAGAAUAAUAGUGAAGAAAUAGUUAUAGCAAUGUAUGACUUCCAAGCCACAGAAGCACACGAUCUCAGAUUAGAGAGGGGCCAGGAGUAUAUCAUACUGGAAAAGAAUGAUAUUCAUUGGUGGAGAGCGAGGGAUAAGAAUGGGACUGAAGGCUAUAUCCCAAGUAAUUAUGUAACAGGAAAGAAAUCCAGCAACUUAGAUCAAUAUGAAUGGUAUUGCAGAAAUACAAAUAGAAGCAAGGCAGAGCAACUCCUCAGAAUUGAAGAUAAAGAAGGUGGUUUUAUGGUAAGGGACUCCAGUCAACCAGGCUUAUAUACAGUCUCCCUUUAUACAAAGUUUGGAGGGGAAGGUUCAUCAAGUUUCAGGCAUUAUCAUAUAAAGGAAACAACAACAUCUCCAAAGAAGUAUUAUCUAGCAGAAAAGCAUGCUUUUGGUUCAAUUCCUGAGAUUAUUGAAUAUCAUAAGCACAAUGCAGCAGGACUUGUCACAAGGCUGCGGUAUCCCGUUAGUACAAAGGGGAAGAAUGCGCCAACCACUGCAGGCUUUAGCUAUGAGAAGUGGGAGAUUAACCCUUCGGAGCUGACCUUUAUGAGGGAGUUGGGGAGUGGGCUGUUUGGCGUGGUGAGACUCGGCAAGUGGCGAGCCCAGUACAAAGUAGCCAUCAAAGCGAUCAGAGAAGGUGCCAUGUGCGAGGAGGACUUUAUAGAAGAAGCUAAAGUGAUGAUGAAGCUGACCCACCCAAAGCUGGUACAGUUGUAUGGUGUAUGCACUCAGCAGAAACCAAUUUACAUCGUUACUGAGUUCAUGGAGCGGGGUUGCCUUCUGAAUUUCCUCCGGCAGAGACAAGGCCUCUUGAGCAGAGAUGUGCUGCUGAGCAUGUGUCAGGACGUGUGUGAAGGGAUGGAGUACUUGGAGAGAAACAGCUUCAUCCACCGAGACCUGGCUGCAAGAAAUUGUCUAGUGAACGAGGCAGGUGUUGUGAAAGUUUGUGAUUUUGGAAUGGCCAGGUAUGUUCUGGACGAUCAGUACACAAGUUCUUCUGGUGCUAAAUUCCCUGUGAAGUGGUGUCCCCCUGAAGUAUUUAAUUAUAGCCGUUUUAGCAGCAAAUCAGAUGUCUGGUCCUUUGGUGUUUUAAUGUGGGAAGUAUUCACUGAAGGCCGAAUGCCCUUUGAGAAAAACACCAAUUAUGAAGUGGUAACCAUGGUUACACGAGGUCACCGACUCUACCGGCCAAAGCUGGCCUCCAAAUAUGUGUAUGAGGUGAUGCUGAGAUGUUGGCAGGAGAAACCAGAGGGAAGGCCUUCUUUUGAAGAUUUGCUGCACACGAUCGAUGAACUAGUUGAAUGUGAAGAAACUUUUGGAAGAUGAAUGGUGCUGUGACCAGGGGCUUCUGGAUCCUGAACCCUGAGGAGGAAAUAGCAAUUGUGGCUGAAUUAAUUUGGCACCUGGAUGUGUGGACUGGCUAACUUACAAAAUCAAACACCUACAGCAUUUGCUUCUAGAGCAGCCUUAGUUCUGUGACUGAGCCAUCCACAUUGUGGAAAUGUUAGAGCUGGUGACCCAAAACACUCACUCCUCAUCAUUCCUCAGCAACCUGAGUGUUGACAGCAUGCCAGGCACUUUGCCCGCUUUGGGGGUACUCAUGGGACUGUGUUAGCUGGUGCCAGUAGCAGGUCAGGGUACUUGGGGAAGGGGAGGGUACUGGAGCCAUGUUGUAGGCCCCUUCUCUUCCCUUUGACUUCUACAGAAAUCUGGACCUGGGGCACUGUCUGAAUCAGGACUCUACCUUGGAUAAGCACCUAUCUUUUGUUUUGAAAACAUCUCUGUUUUCAAGACUGUUCUUAGUAUUACCUUUAAAAUAUUUGUAUGCUGUAUAUUUUGUAAAUACGUAUAAUAUAUAAAGUUAUAUAUUUAUAAGAAACACGAGUUAUCUUUCAAAUGAAUACGUAAUUCUUAUAUAUUUAUAAGAAACAUAAGUUGUAUUUUAAUUUUGUAAUAUUUCCAACUCACCUUCUUAGGAUUAGAGAGUCUAAGGAGUAGAGAGCUCCUUUCUGGCAGAUCAAAUAUUCCUUAUCUGCGAGAGGAAAGUGGGUCCUUUUUAACUCCCUUUCACUUAGGCAGACAUGUAUGGGCAUGUCUCUCCACCCUAAGCCCCCAUGGGGCCUGAAUUAUGGAUAUGUGAACCUGCCCACGGUGGGCACAGCCAAUUGGAAUCAGGUGAAAAUAUGAAAAAAAAAAUGAAAUAUGAAAAAAAAGAGGGAUCAAUUGGUUCCUAAAUCUUAAGAAUUUGCUCCAGGGCCCUGAUACUCUGGAGGUGCAGGGCCCUGGAGCAGAAGGACCAGGUGAUGUUAACAAAGACAAACCCUCCUCCAGCUUGAGCUGCGGCAGAGUAAAGGAAGCUACUGAGGGAGAUGCAAGUGGUGUUCUGAGUGGUCUUCCAGAUAUUUCUAAGGGGUCUGGUUAGAUUUUGCCUCCUACCUCAGCGAUACUGUCUGUUACAGCCUCCCCAUAAACCCUGCUGCCCCUUUUUUCUGAGGAGGGUUGUCACCCUUAACCACCUCUAAGACACUAACUGAAUUGGAGCCUGCCUUUGUCCUCAUGAGCCCCAUGGAAAAAAUACUGUCUCAUUCACCAGUAGAGACCAUGGAAACACAUUUUUGGUAUUUGUGGGAGUAGAAAGCUGAGGAAGACAUGGUGCCUUCCUUCAGGAGUUCCGUCCCCUCUGGGACUGCCAUGGUCUCUCCUGCACCAUGAGGCAUUUGGUGAACACACAGGCUGGAGCCAGCUGCUCCAAGUAGCAUCUUCACUCUGACCCUGGAGAAACAUCUUUGUGGUCUGGAGUCCAUCUGCUGAAGACAGUGUUCAUUUCAUUCUUGGACUUUAUUUAUUUUUUAUUUUUUACAAGGGAGAGAGUCACAGUUUUCCACAUUUGUGUCACAGUUUACCACGUGCCUCCUCAUCUUCCUAUUUAACUGUGUCCCCAUCACAAAAACAUACACACCUUGAAAGUAACUUGUAGCUCAUCCAAGGAGCAGGCCUUAGGGAAGCUGAGCCUUACUAUCCUGCCAUUCUUCAGCCCCUUCCCUUCUCAUCUGAGGAGUGUGGGAAGGACAAGGCUAUGGUGGAGUGAGGAGAAACUACAGUUCCUACCCUGUCAUCAAUGCUUCUGAUAGGAAAACAAGAAAGAUAAUACUUGGGAACAUUUUCUUCAAAAAUCUUUAAUAUUUUCUCUAAAAUUUAAAGUUUUAUAGCUAAGGCAAAAGAUGAAGUAAAAAAAUAGAAGUAUGUACCCAGAAUGCUAAAAAGAUAUUAAUCUAUAAGGCAGGAAAUAGCAAGGGCAAUGUGAAUAUGCUAUGUCUUCAUUAAAGUUGCCCCUUUCACUAGUUAAUUUUUGGUUGUGUUUUCCAGUGGGAUGAAGUGAAACUCUGUAUUGCAUUUUGCGUUGUUGAUAUUAUUGUUUUCAUAUUUCCCAGCAGUGCCUAAGUCACCUUGUAAGAGUAGUCACUUUUUUAUGUGUAUCAUUGGAUUGUCUUGCACCCCCAAAUAAGGUCCCUAAAAUGUUAAUCCUGAGUCCUGGGACAGAACUUGGUAUUCUAAAACCUAGAAUCCAUUUGUUUUUACCACUGAUUGUGUAACUUUAGGCCAGGUCCCUUAUCCUAUCUGUUUCUUUAUUUCAUUGUAUGUCCAGAAAGGGCAGUCUGACUUGAUUUUGAGGCCCCUUUUACAAAAAUUUUGUGAUUUCUUGAAAAUGUUGUUUGUAGUCUCUACCUACACAUAUAGGAAGGAGGAAAUAAUAACCCCCCUCAGGAUGCAAAUGAUUAAACUUUCUUAUGUAGGCCA